AUGCCAGAAGAAGCUGCAACCCAGGACCAGCAGAUGGAGGACGAGAUGGAAACGUUCGCCUUCCAGGCUGAGAUCGCUCAGCUGAUGUCCUUGAUCAUUAACACUUUCUAUUCCAACAAAGAGAUCUUCUUAAGAGAAUUGAUUUCUAACUCUUCGGAUGCUCUGGACAAAAUCCGCUAUGAGAGUCUGACUGAUCCGAGCAAACUGGAUUCUGGGAAAGAGCUGAAAAUUGACCUGAUUCCCAACAAACAUGAUCGUACUCUCACCGUAAUCGACACCGGCAUCGGGAUGACCAAAGCCGAUCUAAUCAAUAACCUGGGAACCAUCGCCAAGUCCGGAACCAAGGCUUUCAUGGAGGCUCUGCAGGCCGGGGCCGAUAUCUCCAUGAUUGGUCAGUUUGGUGUUGGCUUCUACUCUGCGUACCUUGUGGCCGAGAAGGUUACAGUGAUCACCAAGCACAAUGAUGACGAGCAGUAUGCCUGGGAGUCCUCCGCUGGUGGAUCCUUUACAGUCAAAGUGGACAACAGUGAACCACUUGGUCGUGGCACAAAGGUCAUCCUGCAUCUGAAGGAGGAUCAGUCUGAAUACCUGGAAGAAAAGAGGAUUAAGGAAAUAGUGAAAAAGCACUCUCAGUUCAUCGGCUACCCCGUUACGCUCUUCGUGGAGAAGGAACGGGAUAAGGAGGUCAGCGAUGACGAAGCUGAAGAAGAGAAGGAAGAAAAGAAAGAGGAAGAAAAACCAGAGGAGGAGAAGCCAGAGAUUGAAGAUGUAGGCUCUGACGAGGAGGCAGAUAAGAAAGAAGGGGACAAGAAAAAGAAGAAAAAGAUCAAGGAAAAAUAUGUUGACCAGGAGGAGCUCAACAAGACCAAGCCUAUCUGGACACGCAACCCUGAUGAUAUAACCAAUGAGGAGUAUGGAGAAUUCUACAAGAGUCUGACCAACGACUGGGAGGAUCAUCUGGCAGUGAAGCAUUUCUCUGUGGAAGGACAGCUCGAAUUCCGCGCGCUGCUGUUUGUGCCAAGGAGGGCUCCUUUUGACUUGUUCGAGAACAAGAAAAAGAAAAAUAAUAUUAAGCUGUACGUACGCAGAGUCUUCAUCAUGGACAACUGUGAGGAUCUUAUCCCAGAGUAUCUAAACUUCAUCAGAGGAGUUGUGGACUCUGAAGAUCUGCCCCUGAACAUUUCCAGAGAGAUGUUGCAACAGAGUAAGAUUUUGAAGGUCAUCAGGAAGAAUUUGGUGAAGAAAUGCCUUGAGCUGUUCACAGAACUGUCAGAAGACAAGGAGAACUUCAAAAAGUUCUAUGAGCAGUUCUCAAAGAACCUCAAGCUUGGCAUUCACGAGGACUCUCAAAACCGUAACAAGCUCUCUGAGCUAUUGAGGUACUACACAUCCGCAUCUGGAGAUGAGAUGGUGUCUCUGAAAGACUAUUGCACACGCAUGAAGGAGAACCAGAAACACAUCUACUACAUCACAGGUGAAACCAAGGAACAAGUAGCCCACUCGGCAUUUGUAGAAAGGCUGAGGAAGCACGGGCUGGAAGUGAUCUACAUGAUUGAGCCCAUUGAUGAGUACUGCGUACAGCAGCUGAAGGAGUUUGAGGGCAAGACCUUGGUCUCUGUUACAAAGGAAGGGUUGGAACUUCCAGAAGAUGAGGAGGAGAAAAAGAAGCAGGAGGAGAAAAAAUCCAAAUUCGAAAGCCUGUGCAAGAUCAUGAAAGACAUACUAGAAAAGAAAGUGGAGAAGGUUGCGGUGUCCAACAGACUGGUUACAUCUCCCUGCUGCAUUGUAACGAGCACUUACGGCUGGACGGCGAACAUGGAGAGAAUAAUGAAGGCACAGGCCCUGAGGGACAACACCACAAUGGGCUACAUGGCUGCCAAGAAGCACCUUGAGAUCAACCCGGACCAUGCGAUCAUUGAGACUCUGAGGCAGAAAGCGGAGGCUGAUAAGAAUGACAAGUCUGUAAAGGAUCUGGUGAUUCUCCUCUUUGAAACGGCCCUCCUCUCAUCUGGCUUCACCCUGGAAGAUCCACAGACUCAUUCCAACCGCAUCUACAGGAUGAUCAAACUCGGGCUAGGUAUUGAUGAAGAUGACAGCGCUACUGAAGAGGUAACUGCCCCUGUAGCAGAAGAAAUGCCUCCCCUCGAAGGUGACGAAGACUCUUCCAGAAUGGAGGAGGUAGACUGAGCUGCACGAGACGUCCUCUGCUGAUCUCUGCGGGUUGGAAGUGUUUGCGUUUCUGUGCAGGAAGCUCGCUGUGUGCAUUCCGUGUAAAAUAUUCUAUUUAUUUAUUUUUUAAUGUUGUAAGUUUGUGUUAAAUCUCACUGUUUAAAAUAAACGGCUCCUAACACAAAA